AGUGAAUGCAUUGGGACGGUGAGCUGGAGCUCGCCAUAUCUUGGAAAGAUUCCUCGUUUGAGUUUUUUUACAGUGAUUGCAUAGUUCGUCUUGGAUCAGAAUGGAGGGGCGACACGAUAGUUCACCCAUGCAGGCUUUCGAUAAGGACGUUUUGGAAAUGACUUGUGAAGAUGUUUAUGACAUUUCUUACGUGAUCGGCAGAGAUUUAUUAAAAGUCAACACGGGUAGCCGGGAGUGCUCGGAUUUACAGUUCAAAAUCGUCCGUGUGUUGGAGAUGUUCGAGACCAUGGUGAACAAAUACAACCUGUCGCUGGAGGAGCUGAGGAUGGAGCUGGAGAAUAUGAAGCGAGAAAUGGAAAGAGUUGUAGCAGAAGGUUCGAGUGGUGAUGUUAACACUCAGACCGUUGGGCCAAACAAACUAGUCGUGGACUUAAAAGACCCAAACCGACCCCGAUUCACCAUGCAAGAGUUAAAGGAGGUUCUGCAGGAGCGAAACAAACUCAAAGCCCAGCUGCUGCUGGCCCAAGAGGAGCUACAGCUCUACAAGAGUGGGGUCCUGGGAUCAGAGCAGAAGAUGGUGGAAGUAAACCUGGAGACCCUUCCUCAGUCAGAAGCUGCACCGUCCAGUGUUGUAGAGGAGAACAAAGAGAAGAGCACCAUUCAGAAACUAUUCUCGUUUCGACAAAAAUAGUGGCCAGGAUUUGGCACAAGCUAAAACACAUUUGAGACAAGCAAAGCCCCUUCCAACAGACUGAGGAGAGAUGGGAAGAAGUGAUCUCACUAUUAUUAUUUUUUAACAAUACUGACCCAUUUGUGGCUGGAAAUCCUCCUACUCAGUGUGUUUUUAAUUGUGUACAUUUUUAACUCUGGUGUCGUGUGUGAAGCCAAACAACUAGAUGUCAGAAACGCAAAUGUCUCUCUAAACACCUCUAGUAGCUAAUACACAUUUGCAGACUAUUUGAAGCAUACUAGAUUAACAUUCUUCCAUUACCACAGUAUCUUUUACUGAAAUAUAUGACAUUACUAGAAUCAAUUUUAUAUCAGUCAUUUUAUGAAUAGCACAAAGACACAUUUAGGUACUAUUUUGGUGACAGUACUAAACCUAAUUAAAUCUGCUGAAACGCAUUGAUUUAUAUAUAUAUGUCAUAUGAGGCUCUAAGAUCUUAUUUGAGUGCUCACUGAAUUAGAAAACCUCUUCAGUCUGUAUCGGUUGCAACGGCUGACAAGCUUUAGGACAAAACUGUCCAUAUGAUUUAGCACUUUCUAGUUUUAAUUUUACAUUACAUUAGGAGUUGUAGGGUUAAAAUUGAGGUACUUCAAUAACAACUAAAACACGAAAAAGUCUGCUGUACGAGGUCAUGUGUAGUGCACUGAAUCUUAUGUGAAGUGGGAAAUUGUGGGUCAUAUGAAGGUAAAAAUUCACUUUUAUUGGCUCGCAGUAUUAGCUGUAAUGAAGUAGAUAGCCUGGACAAAUUUUAUGACAGCCGAGUCAAGUUUUCUUCUGCAAUACCAGGUAUUAAGAAACGCUGAGUACAUGGGCCCUGUUGUUCACACACAGAUUAUGGAGUUAACUGGAUUUAACGCAGUUGUAUAACAUAACAUGCAUGAGAUUGAAUUAUUCAAAUGGUUAAACAUUUGGCCCUCUUACACAAGUUCUCUUUCAUUUUCCUUGUUGGAUCGGAAAAUCAAAAAUCUUCAACUUUCACCCAGCUAUUAUUUCUUUGUUUUUAUAAGGACUUGUAUUACUUCUUGUUAGGCAUGUGAAGAAUCCUGUAUAUAUAAAGUUUUUUUGAGUCCGAGUUCUGAUCUGGUGUGUUUUUCCCCCCAUAUUUGUUUGUAUUGUAUGUUUCCUAUGUAAUGUUAUGUUUGAAAUGCAAUAGAAAUCUUGUCACAAUUAUUAUUUUAUUUUUUUAAGUA